UGGUAUUAUCUAUGAUGACAAUCACAUGGCUGAUGUCUAUGUAGCGAGCAGCGUGGAGGAGAUACGAAUGGCGUCUGAUUUAAGCGAGAAAGUUCUGCAUUAUUUAGAUACACAUGAAAGUGUAGAUACAUUGCACUUAGCAGUUCUCUUCAAUGUAGACCAUCAGAAGGUUAUUGGAGCUGUGAAAAGUUUACAAGCUCUUGGUGACUUGGUCACUGUGGAACAAGAAGUGCACAAGAAAUGGGAACUCACAGAUGAAGGAACAAAGGUAGCAGAAAAUGGUAGUCAUGAAGCAGUUGUGUAUAACGCUGUUCCUCCUAAUGGAAUCUUGCAGUCUGACCUCACCAAUAGUUUAGCAAAUAUCAAAGUUGGAUUCAACAAGGCAAUGUCAUGUGGAUGGAUUUCAAUAUCCAAACAGGGAAAUGAAUCAUUGGUGACUCGCAAGGUAGAUUCUAUCAUUGACUUAGUCCAGCAGCAUCUAAGGCUCAUUCAAGCUGACAAAAGUAACGAAGUUGACGAUGCACACAAGCAGGAAUAUCGGAAAAGGAAGUUGCUGCAAGAAGUGGUAAUUAAAAGCUUCCUCUUAGGUAAAGGUAAAGACUUCACCGUAUCCGUAGAGAAAGCGGAGUCGGACUUGACAGUGGAAAUGAUCACCGGUGGUUCAUGGCGAGAGAAGAAAUUUAAACCGUAUAAUUUAGAUGCCCUGGGUGUUCCGCCAGCUUGCGGACAUCUUCAUCCACUUCUCAGAGUUCGAGCUGAGUUCCGUCAAAUCUUUCUGGAAAUGGGGUUCACUGAAAUGCCGACCAAUAACUAUGUUGAGAAUUCAUUCUGGAAUUUUGAUGCUCUCUUUCAACCCCAGCAACACCCAGCAAGGGAUGCACAUGAUACGUUUUGUUUCGCAGAUCCUAGAAGCAGCUGUCACUUCCCACCUGAAUAUCUGCAGAAGGUAAAACAGGUUCAUAGUAAGGGAGGAUAUGGAUCGCAGGGAUAUGGAUAUGACUGGAAGUUAGAGGAUGCUGAGAAGAACUUGCUUAGAACUCACACGACAGCUGUGAGUGCACGGAUGUUAUAUCUACUUGCGAGGGAGGGAUUUAAACCUUCCAAGUACUUCAGCAUUGAUCGGGUGUUUCGUAAUGAGACUCUUGAUGCCACGCAUCUUGCCGAAUUUCAUCAGGUGGAGGGGGUCGUUGCUGAUUAUAACCUGACGUUGGGUGAUCUGAUAGGAACGUUGUAUGAAUUCUUCAGUAAGCUUGGCAUAACUCAGCUUCAGUUCAAGCCGGCAUAUAAUCCGUACACGGAGCCCAGUAUGGAGGUGUUCUGUUAUCACACGGGUCUGAGAAAGUGGAUUGAGGUUGGAAAUUCUGGUGUCUUUAGACCAGAAAUGCUUCUGCCAAUGGGUGUUCCGGAAGAUGUUAAUGUCAUUGCAUGGGGACUUUCUCUUGAGCGACCAACCAUGAUCAAGUAUGGAUUGAACAACAUUCGUGAUCUUGUUGGAGCUAAAGUUAAUCUGCAGAUGGUUCACGACAGUCCGAUAUGUCGGCUUGACAAGAAUGGAACGUUGGGGACGGAUCUACAGACAUUGGAGCAGCGCUGGAAUUCCAUUCUCUUACGGUUAGAACAGUUGUAUACAGAGCUGAGAAAGCUAAAGAAUAGUUCUGAUAAUCCUGAAAAUGGCUUCCAGAAUGUGGAUGAACAGAAUUUAGAGUUUGCGAUUGUCUCAGAUCCUCAUCAUCCUCCGUACUCUCUCGUCAUCCUCUCAAAAUUGCUCGCGGACAGGUACAGAAUCAAGGUGUCAUCUCACGCCCAUUCUUCUGUUGCUUUUAUUCCUUCUGAAUUGCAGUCUUUUUUGACUGGUCCUUCAAACAGCGUUGGUACAGGCAGGACUAUAAAAAUAACAUUGAUAUGGAAGAAGGUGGGGAAGGAUCCCUUGUUAAUCCAGUGCCCUAUUUCCAAUGGUACAAUAGCAGGAGAAGUGAAUAUUGCAAGGUACCUAAAUCGUUUGCUGGAGCAAAAACCUGAUCCUGUUCUCGUGUAUGAAAGUAAGGGGGAAAUUUAUGGAGGCCAAGUGGAUGAAUGGUUGGAUAGUAUUUAUAUGUCAUUAACUCGUGGAAGUAACGAGGUACGUUCAUAUGCCCUGACUUCACUUUCCGCUGUUCUUAGUAAACAGGAUUGGUUGCUUCACUCGAUGUCUGUCGCAGAUAUCUGUCUCUGGUCUUCAUUGAAACAGAAUCCGUAUUUAAUCGACUCCGAUUCUAAUCUGAAAAAAUGGUUUAGAAAAUGUCAGCAUAUUUGGUUCACUUAAAUUCCUACAUAUUUAAAUUUAACUGUGAAUGGUCUCGUUACUUUUGUUGUGACCAUUUGAAUGGCUGCCAUUUCCCGUUGGGAGUGUUCUGAGGGACUUAGGUAUUUUUAGUGACGUAAUAUUUUGAUAUUGAAUAUGGUUGAUGGAAAGUUUCAGAAGUAACUUUAUAACAAGUAUUAGGGCUGUGAAUGUGAUAUUGUCUGUUCAGUAGAGGAAUAUAAUGAAAAGUGUUUAAAGUGUGUAUCAUGGCAUUUGAAAAAAGCAGAAUGAAAAAGUUAAAAUGCUUGACAUGUGACAUGCUGGCGUUUCUGUCUCAAAGAUCAUUGAAGAGUUUGAAAUAGAGGAAACAAAGAUGAGAUCCAGAAAUUUGCUCUUGAAUUUAAUUAUGAUGGUGAAGUGUUGAGAUGGAAGUAAAACGUAAGUGUAAAUGCUUUCAAAUCUGACAAUGUCUGUUAUAGUCAAAAGGUUAAUUUGAAACCUUGUAAAAAAUAAUGUGAAUAGUUGGAAAUGUAACAUGUAAAUAGUAUAACACAAUGAAUGGAAAAUAAAGAAAGCUGUCUGAAAUUUUGA